AACAGUAAGUUGUUCUUUCCAUCUAGGAUCGAUGCAUCUAAUGACGACAAAUCCUUGGGAAGGCUCGUAAACGAUGACGAGAAUGAUAGUAACUCUAUUGUUAAGAGAAUAAUUGUCGGUGGUCUUCCCCAUCUUUGUUUCUUUGCUACAAGAACAAUCAGCGAAGGUGAAGAAGUAACAUUCACAUAUUUUCAAGGAGAAUAUGACCAGUUUCCUUGGCGGUUAAAGGAAGGAAAAACAGAUGAAAUAAGACCUGUGAAAGGGAAUACAGAAGAAGAAAGACCAGUGAAGGGACAUACCGAAGAAGAAAGACAAGUGGAAGGAAAUACAGUGGAAGAAAGACCAGUGGAAGGAAAUAAAAAAGAAGGAAGACAAGUGGAAGGGAAAAUAGAAGAAGAGAGACCAGUGGAAGGAAACACAGAAGAAGAGAGUCCAGUGGAAGGGAAAAUAGAAGAAGAGAGACCAGUGAAUAUGGAUAUCACAAAUGACAGAAGCAGAGAAACUGAGCACGUAGCAGAGAGUGACCCUGAAGAUCUAGAGGAAGGUGUAACCCUUGAGGCUAUUGAUUGCCUAGUUAAGUAUGAGAUACAAAAAUCAGAAAACAACAUACACAAGGAGUUAACAGAAUUCAGAAAACAGUAUAGUAAUAAUGCAAUCGGGGAACUAAGAGCCCACCUCGAUGAAGUAAAGAAGGAGGUUAACAGGAAUGCACAGGGUUGUGACACUGGAUUUAAUGAUUUAACAGCAACUGUCAACUCGAUGGAAACAACCAUUUCACAAAUCGAAACAGAAAGCAAGGGCAGCAAAAGAAAGAUACAGGAAUUGGAAAAAAAAGUGACAGAUAUAGAUCGUAAAUUCAACGAUAUAACUGCUGGGAUACCAAAAAUAAUUGAAGACAUUAUCACCAGCGGUACAUUAGCUUUCAUGCCAACCAACUCAUUCGAUAUUGAUGAGUCAGUGGACGAACCGAUGACUAUCAUGUCCACCCCUGUUUCGAUGUCAACAAACCUGAUCACUGAACAUGCUGAAGAUACAUCACAAAAGAGAGCAGUUGAUGAGGGAGUGAAAAAAACAAAAAAAAAGUUAUUGUUAAGAUGGUCCUGGAAAAAGAGCAAUCCAGCGGGCCUAGAGUUUCUAGAAAGUAGAAUCGAUCUACCUGACUUUUCAAGGGCCCAAGAUUUUAAACUUAAGGUUUAUAAGGAAGGGAUUCAGAGAGGUCUAUGGAUUGAGGCAACCCAUACAUUUGUGAGAGUUUGCACUAAAAUAGACAAUCUUCACAAGCAAACCCUGAAGUGAAUUACAGAUCGUCUACUUAUAAAUUCCUUUCUUUUAUUAUUUGGUUGAUAACAAUAACGUUCUAUUUGAAUUGUAAUAUUUGUAUUGUUCUGCCUUGCUUACGAGUUUAUUGUCAAUUUUGAAAAAUUGUUAUUGUGCAGUUAGAGAGUGGUGACUUUUCAAAUAUUAUGAUUAAAUAUUAAGGAAUUCUCACUGUUUCUGUGUUUUAAUGUUGUUUAAUCUACAAUAAAACUGUUGAUCAGGAGAUAACAAUAAAACAUUAUUCAUUUUAAAGUGUGCGUGAUUCAAUUUUUUCCAUAUUGUUGUUUGUUUGAAAAUCGUGUUGAACUUCAGCAAUCUUACAUUUUAUUAUGUCAAAAAUAUUGUCCGAAAUGUAUUUCUCCAUGUACUUUAUAUCAAAAAUAACUAAAAUAUUGUUUCAACUGCAUACUAUUUCUUGAAGUGAAUUGUUAUAUUUGUAUUGUUCUGCCUUGCUUUCGAGUUUAUUUUCAUUUUUGAAAUAUUGUUAUUGUGCAGUUAA